UUCGAAUCCGGGCGGGAGCGGGAGGUCAGGCACCGCGAGAGAAGAAGAUGGCCGUGCGGAGAUGUAUCCAGCAGUUGUUCCAGGAGCCUCAGGUUGAUGGCGUCAUCACCUUCGAGCGGCCGGGCCCUGUUCUGCGGAGCUGGGGCCGCCCAUCGCAGGAGGACGCGGGCAUGCCGCGUGGCGCGGAGCCCCAGCGGGAGCCGAGCAGCCUGGAUGGCGGGACGCUGCUGCGCCGAGGGCUCCGGCUGGAGGAGUGCGCCCUCUUCCACUGCAGGGGCUGCCGCGCGGUGCUGGGCGACUCGCUGCAUCUCUGCGCCCAGGAGGACCGUUGCUUGCAGGUCCUCGUCUGCUUCAAAGUCACAAAUGAUGUUGUUUUGGACGAUUCUUUAAUGGUCGGUAUUGAAGGACCUCUUCUAGGAUGUGCUUACUAUGCAUUAUACUGUCAUUCGUGUGGAUUAAUGGUGGGCUUCAGCCUCUAUUCUGCCUUCGCUGCCCUGGUUCAUCUGCGAGGCCUCUUUUGUCUUUUCAAGGACAAUAUUCUCUGUUAUCUCUUAAAAACUAAAACCAUGAUAGAGGUCUCUGAGAUGAACUUUCCUGCUUUGAGCCUAAAGGAACAUCUGGGAAAACUGAAAGAACAACUUGUGGGGGUCCAUGUGCGCCUAGAGGUACUGAUUAAGAGGCUGGAAGAACUGAACCAACAGAUCAACAUGGCUGACAAGCAGGGCUAUGCAUCAAGGACAGUUGGCCUAAAGCUAGGGUUUGCAGGAAUCAAGUCAAGCAAUUAAUAUGCCAUCAUAGAAUAUAGAGCCAUUUGUGUAUCGUUGCAGGUUUCUUCAUUGUGGUGAACAAAGUGGUUUGAAAUCACCACCACCCUGAAAAAUGUCAGAGAAAGCUAAUUUGCCACUUUGUUAUAUGCGUGAAAAUAUAUUUUGCUGAAAUAUAGCUCAGACUGGUGAAAUGGACUGGAUUUUUGAGGAGCAAGAAACUGUUUCCUCCUUCUGUGACUUCAAAACAAAUACCUCAUCCUUGCAGCACUUCUUCUCUUGGAGGUGUAAUACAGCUUGUACUGUGGUUCUUCCUGAGCAAUAUAUGGUUUAAAAACCAGCGGUUGGAAACUAAGAUUUUAAGUUCCUGAGAGUGAUUCAAAAUAUGCUACCAUGUGAUGUUAUUCAAGAUCAGCCAUUCUACAAUGUUCUUAGUGGGGGCUGAAACCCUGGUAUCAUCUCUUCAUGUAGAGGAAAUGUUCACAGGAGGUAGGCCUUGAUCCAGAUGUCUUCCUGUUGAGUCUUGAAUGGGUUCUUUCUCUUGUUGUGAAUUUUUUUAUUUAUUUAGUAUGUGUGAGAGAGUGAGAGGACUCUUCUUCCUCCCUGGCUGUGGGGGUAGAAGCUUCUCUCUAUACCUGGGAAGAUGAAAGGAGCUUCCCUUUUCACUCCCACUUCACAGAAGGCAUACUUAUGUUUCUAAAGCCUCCAUUAUGUUGGGAAAUUAUGCCUGAAAUUUUGUAUCAGGCAUAGAGGGGAAAAUACUUACAUGCUCAUUUUAAUUCCAUUGAUAAGUGAUUUUUUUACCCCAUGCCCUGAGCAAAAGACUACAAUCAGUAUUGUACAAUCUGGCCUGAGUUGCUCAUCUCAGCAACCCUAGUACCUCAUGCUUUUUCAGUUAGUGGUUUGUUUGAUUUUUCUCAAAUCUGAGCUAUGUAAGGAAACUGCAAACUUCUAAAUGAGAGAAGGGAGUCUGGGACUGCUGGAAAAUAGCCCACUCCAUGAUACUAGAAUGGUCUGGAUCAGCAGCCAUCACAUAAUAAAUCAUGUGGAGUUUUUUUGGUUAAUGAUCAUAGGAAGUCUUUUGAAGUAUCCAUACUGGUUAGGCCAAAUACUUGGCAAUAACCUAGAAUAGCAACAGCUAUGUUUUGAGGUACUCAGACUGAAAUAGGAGAACUUAAUAUCUCCUAAACUAGUGCUAAAUUCAAAUCUUGUAAAUUACUUACUGCAUUUUUAAGAUGUAUAAUUGUAUAUGCUCCACAACCAUCACAGGAACUGAUACUCCAAUAUAUCAUAGCACUUUUUAAUAGUAACAGAAUUGGUAACUAAAGGUGAAGUCGAAAACUAGGUGUUUGAUGUAAAUGUGAGAUUUUUGUAUACGUAUUUUGCAUGUCAACCUAUUUGUUUGAGACCAGAUAGGUGCAGUAAUAUCUUUUAUUGGACCAACUUCUGCUGAUGGAAGGUACAAGCUUUCAAGCUACACCAAGCUCUUCUUCAGCUUGGUGUAGCUUAAAAGCUUGUACCUUUCACCAGCAGAAGUUUGUCUAAUAAUUUCUUGACCUACCUUGUCUGUCUCCUGUUCAAGGACUAACUCAGCUACAAUAACACUGCAAACAACCUAUUUGUUCAUGCUAGCAGAUUUUAAUUUUAUUUCCUCCUCUAUAAGAGCUGUAGUCAGAGCAAUUUACUCUCAGAGCAAAUUGUUCUUUUAAAUAGCAAAUACUUCAGAAGUCCUUAUUUUUGUUAAAGGUCCAAAGUUACUGAAUACUACUUCACUAGUGUAGGAAUAAGGGAAUUUCUUGGGAGUUGUUCAAGCAGUGGAGAUGACCAAAUACUAUUUUAAGGUCUAAGCUACACUACCAGUAAUACAUAGUUGAUCUCCUUUUGAUGUGAAUAGACUACCCUUGAUCUUUGGACAAGGGUAUGAUCUUAAUAUUGUAACUUCAUUUUUCAGUUAUUUGUUCAGCCUCUUAACUGUUGCAUUCAGCAUUAGUCUUGAAAAAAUACCUAACUGUGGGACCAAUUCUCUCCCCCCUUCUCCAUUUCCCCUCCCUCUUUGUCUCUUGUCCCCUCUAUCUCUGCAGUAACUCCAGUUACCUCCCAUGGGCUUUAGUCCUACCUCCUGUCUGCUAAGAUUAAAUAAAUAGUUGAUGUUUAUAAAAAGUGCCAUGUUUCAGAAUCAGCCAGCGGGAGCAAGGGUAUCGACACACUCACCCACUGUUUCGUUGUUGUUAACUUGUAAGAGAAGCCUCUGUCAGUUACGUUUUGUUCAGGUAUUCAGCACUAUCUUUGCCACGGAUAAGUCUAGAAUUUUUUAAUUUUUGUUUUUUGAAAGCUGAAAUUCAGCAGAAUCUGAUUAUAUUCUAUAGCUCAUGUGUAAAUCAAACAGGUUUGAUCUGAUCUCCGGAGUAAGUCUAAAUCCCCUUUCUCUUAGGCCAGUGGUUUUUAACCUUUUUAAAAAUUUAUUUACAGACCCCUAAAUUUUUAAUGGAGGUGCGGACCCCUUUGAAAAUCUUAAACAUAGUCUGGGGACCCCCAGAGGUCUGCAGAUCACAGGUUGAAAACCACUGUCUUAGGCCAUGUCUACUCUAAAGCUGUAGAGCCAUAGAUGCUUCCUACAUUGACAGAAGGGGGUUUCACUUGGUAUGUAGUUAAUCCACCUCUAAGAGGUGGUAGCUAGGUCAAUGGAGGAAUUCUUCUGCAUGUACACGGGGACCGGGGGUGGGGGAGGUGCAGGAGGUCAACCUAACAAUAGUACCCGAACGUGACCUAGCUCAACCUAGCUAACUUUUCAGUGUAGAGCAGGUUUCAGAUAGUAAGCUCUUUGGGGCAGGGAUCAUCUGUUUGUUGUCUGUACAGCAGCAAGGGUGACGCUGUCCUGGUCCAUGAGUAGGGCUCCUAGGUGCUAUAGUUACAGAAAUAGUGCACUGUUGCAAUAUUUUACUUUCCUGGGGAGAGUAACUGUUCAAUGAACAAGUAAAACUAGCUUUUUCUUUCUUUCUACGGUGGAGUGAAUAGAUAUUGUACCUGGCCAAAUAAACUCAUGACUUUGUAACAAUGCUGUAAUGGGAAAUGCCUUAAAUAGUAGAGGAUGUUCUGCCAUGCUAAUUCCCCAUUAUACUUCACUGGCCUCCAGUGCUGAGGAGAAACUAAUCCUGCUUGAUUAGACUGCAGUCCUCUUUGUGGACAAUCUGUUUCAGCCUUAGCAUGUUUCUUCAGUUCCAAUUAAAGCCUGCUGUAUUCUAUGGCACAUUCCUGUUCUAAAUUUCUACUUACAAAAUCCCACUCUGCUGUUUGAAGAAAUCCUUCUAUAGGUGAAAUGAAUGUAAAUUAAUAGAUUCAGGCAGUCAUUAUUGCAGACAACUUAAUACAAUAGCUGUGAGGUAUGAACUGCCCCAUACAUCUUAAUAGGAUGUUGACUUUUUAAACUUAAACAGUGCACUGUGUCAACAUUAAACUAUUUUAUCAGAAAUGUCCAGUGCUUUGUGCUUGUUCCACAAUGCUGAGCAGCCCCUGCCACCCAAGAACUCUAACUGUACUGUGAGCAGCUUAUUUUGAAUGUACAGUCAAUCUGCUAUUCCUUGUGUUAUGUAGUGUACUGUGUGUGAGAUCUAUUGCAGAACAGUCUGCUGUAACAAAAGGCUUGCUAAAGAAUUCUGCUCCUGCUUCUUAGAGUACAGAGAGGCCUAUUAAGUCUAUCUGUAAUACUACAGUUACAAUGUUUAGUUUCACUGUGCAAUAUGUAGUCAGGGA